AUGGGUUCGAAUCGCUCAGAUGGUUCAGCCACUGGCAAAGAACGCUUACGAUGGACACAACAACUCCAUGAACGAUUCGUGGAGGCUGUAGAUAGACUUGGGGGCCCUGAUAGGGCAACACCAAAGGGUAUAUUGAAGGGAAUGAAGGCUAUGGGAGUUUCAGAAUUAAACAUUUACCACGUCAAAAGCCACUUGCAGAAAUACAGGAUCUCCCAACUGAUUCCAGAGUCCUCCACAAGAGGAAAGCUUGAAAAGAGAAGCAUAUCAGAUAUACUGCCAAAUUUUAGUUCUAUAUCUGCUCUUCAGCUAAAGGAAGUUCUUCAAACGCAGAUGGAGGCGCAAAAACGCUUAAGUGAUCAAAUAGAGGUUCAAAGAAGCUUGAAGCAAAAAAUUGAAGCACAAGGAAAGUAUUUGGAUAGAAUUGGACAAAGUAAUCAUGGCAAAAUAAUCAUUGGAAAAGCAUGCAAGCCUUUGGUUGCUACAAUUGCACCUCUGCCUCCUCUCUCUGAGGAAUCUGAAUCUUUGAAAACACAGCCUGAGGAAGAACAUAGAUCAGCCAAAAAACAAAGAAUCGAAGAGGAGAGUGCUUUUCCAACAAGUUUUGAAGUUGAAUCAUCCAUCACACAAGAAUUCUACAACCAAACCUGGAAUCUUUCUUGGAGUCAGCUUGCAGCAGCAUGCCAAUCACCUUUGGUGCCCAAUUUCUUAUUAUAA